GACCCGGAGCGCCCCCUCUCCGAGCAGGGCCGGGCCGAGGCGGCCUUCACGGCGCGCGGCGUGGCCGAGUUCCUCGGAGGCGAGGCGGGCGCCGCGGGCCCGGUGGAGGUGCUCCACAGCGGCAAGCUGCGCGCCGAGCAGACGGCCGCGGCCGUGGCGGGGCGGCUCGAGGCCGCUGGGCUCGAGGUCGCGCUGCGGCGGGCCGACGGGCUCGCCCCCAACGACCCGCCCGCCGCGGCGGCGGCGCUGCUCGAGGGCCUCGGCCCAGGCGCCGCGGUGCUCGUGGGGCACCUGCCCCACAUCUCGGGGCAUGGGGCGCCUCGCCGCGCAGCUGGUGGGCGCCCCUGCCGCCGCGGGCCGGCUCGGGGGCCUCUUCCACCCCGCGGCCGGCGUGGUGCUGCAGCGGGAGGCAGGGGCCGCCGCCUGGUCGGAGGCUGCGGAGGUGGUCCAGGGCUGCACCUGGUGGAUGGAGGCGCCCCCUCCGCCUGGGCAGGCGUGACGCCGAGCGCUGUGCCGUGCGCCGGGCCCGCGCGCCCGCGCCGAGGUCGGCCUCGCGAGCGCCGCUCGCCCCUCCUCUCGGCGGUGGCCGCUCGCGGCCGGCGGCCCGCGGGCGGCGGUGACCUCUGGGGCGCAGGCCUGCAGGUCGCAGCGGCCGAGGCCGCGAGGGCCUGGGCCUCCCGGGUGGGGUCCGAACUGCGCGGGGUCGGCGGAUCGCGCCGCAUUGCCGAUGCUUCGGCGAUGCGGCUCGGUGUGGAGCCCGAUUUCCUCGACACCGGCGUCGCCAAGGCAUUGGCGUAUCCGUCCACUCUCACCCCAUGCGGGAGGCCUCUAGAAGGCGAAGACAAUGUCGAUCAGGGAAAAGCAGGGCUGGAGUUUGCCAUUGCCAUACCUCGGGUUUGCAGCCUGUUUUCGACGGUUCUAGCGGUCUUGCCAUCUUCCUGA